AUGCGCGGUUUGUUGCUGGCAUUUGCGGACUCUCCCUUGGAAUUUGGAGUUGUUCGCAGCACGUGCCUGAAGGCCACGUGGCGCUUCUCAAGAAGCGUGGAGAUGGUGACACAGCUUUUUUGUUUUGUCCUUGUCAGAUUCCUUGAUCACGAGGCGCGGAGCGAUAUCUUGGCAGUCUGCAAAGAGGCAACGUUCGACACGUUGCUUGGCGUUGGCGAGGAUGCGGAUGCAGCGAAAGAUCAAAUUCUGAAUCGACUCAGAGACGCUGCAACGUUUUACAAACUCGUCAUCACUGAGGCCAAAAUCAUUUUGCGAGACCCCAACGCAGAGGAGGACUAG